UUCUCCCUGCAGAGGUGGGUCAACUUCAAACUUCUGAAAGAUGAACUUUUAUUUGAGUCCGAACCGAAGUGUUUAAACUCAUGAACGCUCCGUUUGUCCUUCAAAGUGCCGCUUACAGGAAGUGACGUAGUUCAGGCGCCUUUUCCUCUUGUGUUGUUAGCUUACAGCGGCUAGCCGGCGGCUAACAGCAUGAACUGAACACAGGAGGGCUUUCAGAGUGGACUCUGAACCUGCACAGGUGAGGCUGUGCAGGUGAGGCUGGACGUUGGGAGGCGGUUGCCAUGGAGCCCGCCUGGCGACAGCAGGGCAGGGGGCGGGGGCGUGGCCAGAACACUCAGGAUGAAAGACCCCGCCCCUCGCAGAAGGAGAAGGCGGUCCCAGGACGGGGAGGCGGAGGGAUGAGGACGGACCCGGGCCCGGAUCUUCCUCAGGCUGGCGCCGUCCAGUGCAAGUUUGAGGAGAUCCGGAGGUCCAACCAGGCGGCUGCCAAGAGACUGGUGGAAAUCCACGUCAGCUCCUCCUCCUCCUCCUCCUCCUCGGAUGAAGAGGAGAACGAGGACGGGAACCAGAAGGAGGGCCAGAGAGGGAGGAUCCUGGCGUCGACCUUCACCACGUACACCGACCAGACGGGCGGCGACGCCUCGGCUCUGACCCGGACCGGUCAGUACGUCAGCGAGCUGUUCCAGUCCGGAGCCGUCACCUGCCUGAUCUGCAUCGCCUCGGUCAGGAGGACGCAGGCGGUGUGGAGCUGCGGCGGCUGCUUCUCCCUCUUCCACCUCCCCUGCAUCCAGAAGUGGGCCAGAGACUCGGUCUUCCUCGUGUCCUCCGUGACCGAUGAAGACUUCGGGCAGCGGGACCACCCGUGGCCGUGUCCAAAGUGCCGGACGGAGUAUCCGCCGAGCUCCACGCCCAGCAGGUACACGUGUUACUGCGGGAAGCUGCAGGACCCCCCGGCCGACCCCUGGCUGGUCCCUCACUCCUGCGGCGCCGUGUGCCAGAGGCAGCUGAAGCCCAGCUGUGGCCACACCUGUCUGCUGCUGUGUCACCCCGGUCCCUGUCCGCCCUGUCCCAAGAUGGUGUCCGUCUCCUGCCUGUGUGGCAAAGCUAAGCCCCUCCCCCGCCGCUGCAGCAACAAGGCCUGGUCCUGCCAGCAGAGGUGUGGGAGGCUGCUGGCCUGUCAGCAGCACACCUGUUCCGAGCCCUGCCACUCAGAGUGCGCCCCCUGUCCCAGAGUGAGCCUGCAGAGCUGCGUGUGCGGCCGCCAGAAGGCGGAGCGGCCCUGCGCCGGCCCCCGCUGGACCUGUGCGCAGGUGUGCGGCGCCCCCCUCUCUUGUGGGAAUCACACCUGUGAACAGGUGUGUCAUGAUGGAGUGUGCCCCCCCUGCCCCCGCUCGCUCAGCAGAUCCUGUCCCUGCGGCAAAACCAGGUCGUCUCUGCCGUGCACGGAGGAGGUGCCCCCCUGUGGAGACACCUGCGACCGCCCGCUGUCCUGUUUGAAGCACACCUGCUCCAUGAGGUGUCACCGCGGCAGCUGUGAGACCUGCCGACAGGAGGUGGAGAGGGAGUGCAGGUGUGGCAAACACCGGAAGAAGACGGCCUGUCAUAAGGAGUACCUGUGCGACUCCAAGUGUCCAAAGACCAGGAACUGCCAGAGGCACCAGUGCAGGAGGAAGUGUUGCCCCGGUAACUGCCCCCCCUGUGACCAGAGCUGCGGGCGAACUCUGGGAUGUCGCAACCACAAGUGUCCGUCUGUCUGUCACCAAGGAAGCUGUUAUCCGUGUCCGGAGACGGUGGAGGUGCGCUGCUCCUGCGGCGCCAGCGUGCUGGUCGUCCCGUGUGGUCGAGAGAGGACCACCAAGCCGCCGCGCUGCAAAGAGGCCUGCAGGUGCCCCCCCUCCUGCCAUCACCCCUCCAGGGAGCCUCACCGGUGCCACCCGGGGCCCUGCCCCCCCUGCAGGCAGCUGUGCCUCCUCCCCCUCCCCCGCUGCAGCCACACCUGCCCACAGCCGUGCCAUGACCUGGUUCUGGUUCGGUCCCAGCAGGUUCAGCUGGCGGGUCCGUGGGAGCAGCCGUCAGAACCGGCGUUCAUGAAGAAGGCGCUGCCCUGCCCCCCGUGCCAAGUCCCCAUCCCAACGUCCUGUUUUGGAGAACAUGAGGUCACCCCGGUGCCGUGUUGUCGUCAGGGUCCGUUUUCCUGCGGGUGUCCCUGUGGACGUCCGUUGGCGUGCGGGAACCACCACUGCAGCAGGAAGUGUCACCUGGUUACCGACGACGACCAGGUGAGACCCUCAGGGUCGUCGUCGCAGACGGACUCUGCAGCCGCUGAGCGUUUGCUGUGUUUCCAGUGUGAGGGGUGUGAGGAGGGCUGCAGUAGGCCACGCCCACCCGGUUGCCCCCACUCCUGCCCCCGCCCCUGUCACCCAGGUGACUGCCCCCCCUGCAACCAAAUGAUCCGCCAGCGCUGCCACUGCAAGAUCAGCAUGCUCUACGUGGAGUGCACGAAGCUGACUGCAGCGGAUGCGCAGCUGAAGGUGCAGCUGGGAUCCUGUGGCAACCAGUGUCCCAAAGAGCUGGGCUGCGGCCAUCGCUGUAAGCAGGUGUGCCAUCCAGGUGUGUGUGAGGAGACGUGUCACCAGAAGGUGAAGCUGCGGUGCUCCUGCAGGAGGAUCAGGAAGGAGGUGCCGUGCUCCCUGUCCUCCCAGUCCUCCCCUCAGUGUGAUGAUGUGUGCAGAGAGCAGAGGCAGCGGCUCAGCCAGCUGAAGGAGGCGGAGCUAAGAGCCGCAGAGGAGGAGGAGCAGAGGAGGCUGCAGGAGGAGCUGGAGGCCUUUGAGAAGCGGCAGCAGCGAGGGGGGAGGAGGAACAAGCGCCGGAGGAGGGAGGAGGUGGACGAUGAGCAGGAGAGGGCGGCCCGGUGGAGGAGGCGUGUCCUCGUGGUCCUGGUCCCGCUGGGCGGCGUGCUGCUGUCCGCCGCCUUCUACUACCUGCUGAGCCCAGCCUGAGGGAGCACAAGCCCCGCCCCCUUCAGCGGCGGGGGGAGCAGUGGCUUUCUGCUUACCUGGAAGUCCAAGUUUAGCUUCUAGUUGAGUUAGAAUCUUCUGGAACAUCUGUGAUCUUCAGACGUGAUCUCUGGAUCUUUACUUUCAUGACAAUAAAAUCCUGAUUUUGUUUCUGAA